AUGCUCAAGACGUAUGCCAACUUUCCCGAAGCACCUCAGGAGGAGGCUUCUCUCAGCAAUAGGCUCAAGACGUAUGCCAACUUUCCAGAAACACCUCAGGAGGAGGCUUCUCUCAGCAAUAGGCUCAAGACGUAUGCCAACUUUCCAGAAGCAUCUCAGGAGGAGGCUUCUCUCAGCAAUAGGCUCAAGACGUAUGCCAACUUUCCAGAAGCACCUCAGGAGGAGGCUUCUCUCAGCAAUAGGCUCAAGACGUAUGCCAACUUUCCAGAAGCACCUCAGGAGGAGGCUUCUCUCAGCAAUAGGCUCAAGACGUAUGCCAACUUUCCAGAAGCACCUCAGGAGGAGGCUUCCCUCAGCAAUAGGCUCAAGACGUAUUCCAACUUUCCAGAAGCACCUCAGGAGGAGGCUUCUCUCAGCAAUAGGCUCAAGACGUAUUCCAACUUUCCAGAAGCACCUCAGGAGGAGGCUUCUCUCAGCAAUAGGCUCAAGACAUAUGCCACCUUUCCAGAAGCACCUCAGGAGGAGGCUUCUCUCAGCAAUAGGCUCAAGACGUAUGCCAACUUUCCAGAAGCACCUCAGGAGGAGGCUUCUCUCAGCAAUAGGCUCAAGACGUAUGCCAACUUUCCAGAAGCACCUCAGGAGGAGGCUUCUCUCAGCAAUAGGCUCAAGACGUAUGCCAACUUUCCAGAAGCAUCUCAGGAGGAGGCUUCUCUCAGCAAUAGGCUCAAGACGUAUGCCAACUUUCCAGAAGCACCUCAGGAGGAGGCUUCUCUCAGCAAUAGGCUCAAGACAUAUGCCACCUUUCCAGAAGCACCUCAGGAGGAGGCUUCUCUCAGCAAUAGGCUCAAGACGUAUGCCAACUUUCCAGAAGCAUCUCAGGAGGAGGCUUCUCUCAGCAAUAGGCUCAAGACGUAUGCCAACUUCCCAGAAGCACCUCAGGAGGAGGCUUCUCUCAGCAAUAGGCUCAAGACGUAUGCCAAAUUCCCAGAAGCACCUCAGGAGGAGGCUUCUCUCAGCAAUAGGCUCAAGACGUAUGCCAACUUCCCAGAAGCACCUCAGGAGGAGGCUUCUCUCAGCAAUAGGCUCAAGACGUAUGCCAACUUCCCAGAAGCACCUCAGGAGGAGGCUUCUCUCAGCAAUAGGCUCAAGACGUAUGCCAACUUCCCAGAAGCACCUCAGGAGGAGGCUUCUCUCAGCAAUAGGCUCAAGACGUAUGCCAACUUCCCAGAAGCACCUCAGGAGGAGGCUUCUCUCAGCAAUAGGCUCAAGACGUAUGCCAACUUCCCAGAAGCACCUCAGGAGGAGGCUUCUCUCAGCAAUAGGCUCAAGACGUAUGCCAACUUCCCAGAAGCACCUCAGGAGGAGGCUUCUCUCAGCAAUAGGCUCAAGACGUAUGCCAACUUCCCAGAAGCACCUCAGGAGGAGGCUUCUCUCAGCAAUAGGCUCAAGACGUAUGCCAACUUCCCAGAAGCACCUCAGGAGGAGGCUUCUCUCAGCAAUAGGCUCAAGACGUAUGCCAACUUCCCAGAAGCACCUCAGGAGGAGGCUUCUCUCAGCAAUAGGCUCAAGACGUAUGCCAACUUCCCAGAAGCACCUCAGGAGGAGGCUUCUCUCAGCAAUAGGCUCAAGACGUAUGCCAACUUCCCAGAAGCACCUCAGGAGGAGGCUUCUCUCAGCAAUAGGCUCAAGACGUAUGCCAACUUCCCAGAAGCACCUCAGGAGGGGGCUUCUCUCAGCAAUAGGCUCAAGACGUAUGCCAACUUCCCAGAAGCACCUCAGGAGGAGGCUUCUCUCAGCAAUAGGCUCAAGACGUAUGCCAACUUCCCAGAAGCACCUCAGGAGGAGGCGUCUCUCAGCAAUAGGCUCAAGACGUAUGCCAACUUCCCAGAAGCACCUCAGGAGGAGGCUUCUCUCAGCAAUAGGCUCAAGACGUAUGCCAACUUCCCAGAAGCACCUCAGGAGGGGGCUUCUCUCAGCAAUAGGCUCAAGACGUAUGCCAACUUCCCAGAAGCACCUCAGGAGGAGGCUUCUCUCAGCAAUAGGCUCAAGACGUAUGCCAACUUCCCAGAAGCACCUCAGGAGGAGGCUUCUCUCAGCAAUAGGCUCAAGACGUAUGCCAACUUCCCAGAAGCACCUCAGGAGGAGGCUUCUCUCAGCAAUAGGCUCAAGACGUAUGCCAACUUCCCAGAAGCACCUCAGGAGGAGGCUUCUCUCAGCAAUAGGCUCAAGACGUAUGCCAACUUCCCAGAAGCACCUCAGGAGGGGGCUUCUCUCAGCAAUAGGCUCAAGACGUAUGCCAACUUCCCAGAAGCACCUCAGGAGGAGGCUUCUCUCAGCAAUAGGCUCAAGACGUAUGCCAACUUCCCAGAAGCACCUCAGGAGGAGGCUUCUCUCAGCAAUAGGCUCAAGACGUAUGCCAACUUCCCAGAAGCACCUCAGGAGGAGGCUUCUCUCAGCAAUAGGCUCAAGACGUAUGCCAACUUCCCAGAAGCACCUCAGGAGGAGGCUUCUCUCAGCAAUAGGCUCAAGACGUAUGCCAACUUCCCAGAAGCACCUCAGGAGGAGGCUUCUCUCAGCAAUAGGCUCAAGACGUAUGCCAACUUCCCAGAAGCACCUCAGGAGGAGGCUUCUCUCAGCAAUAGGCUCAAGACGUAUGCCAACUUCCCAGAAGCACCUCAGGAGGAGGCUUCUCUCAGCAAUAGGCUCAAGACGUAUGCCAACUUCCCAGAAGCACCUCAGGAGGAGGCUUCUCUCAGCAAUAGGCUCAAGACGUAUGCCAACUUCCCAGAAGCACCUCAGGAGGAGGCUUCUCUCAGCAAUAGGCUCAAGACGUAUGCCAACUUCCCAGAAGCACCUCAGGAGGAGGCUUCUCUCAGCAAUAGGCUCAAGACGUAUGCCAACUUCCCAGAAGCACCUCAGGAGGAGGCUUCUCUCAGCAAUAGGCUCAAGACGUAUGCCAACUUCCCAGAAGCACCUCAGGAGGAGGCUUCUCUCAGCAAUAGGCUCAAGACGUAUGCCAACUUCCCAGAAGCACCUCAGGAGGAGGCUUCUCUCAGCAAUAGGCUCAAGACGUAUGCCAACUUCCCAGAAGCACCUCAGGAGGAGGCUUCUCUCAGCAAUAGGCUCAAGACGUAUGCCAACUUCCCAGAAGCACCUCAGGAGGAGGCUUCUCUCAGCAAUAGGCUCAAGACGUAUGCCAACUUCCCAGAAGCACCUCAGGAGGAGGCUUCUCUCAGCAAUAGGCUCAAGACGUAUGCCAACUUCCCAGAAGCACCUCAGGAGGAGGCUUCUCUCAGCAAUAGGCUCAAGACGUAUGCCAACUUCCCAGAAGCACCUCAGGAGGAGGCUUCUCUCAGCAAUAGGCUCAAGACGUAUGCCAACUUCCCAGAAGCACCUCAGGAGGAGGCUUCUCUCAGCAAUAGGCUCAAGACGUAUGCCAACUUCCCAGAAGCACCUCAGGAGGAGGCUUCUCUCAGCAAUAGGCUCAAGACGUAUGCCAACUUCCCAGAAGCACCUCAGGAGGAGGCUUCUCUCAGCAAUAGGCUCAAGACGUAUGCCAACUUCCCAGAAGCACCUCAGGAGGAGGCUUCUCUCAGCAAUAGGCUCAAGACGUAUGCCAACUUCCCAGAAGCACCUCAGGAGGAGGCUUCUCUCAGCAAUAGGCUCAAGACGUAUGCCAACUUCCCAGAAGCACCUCAGGAGGAGGCUUCUCUCAGCAAUAGGCUCAAGACGUAUGCCAACUUCCCAGAAGCACCUCAGGAGGAGGCUUCUCUCAGCAAUAGGCUCAAGACGUAUGCCAACUUCCCAGAAGCACCUCAGGAGGAGGCUUCUCUCAGCAAUAGGCUCAAGACGUAUGCCAACUUCCCAGAAGCACCUCAGGAGGAGGCUUCUCUCAGCAAUAGGCUCAAGACGUAUGCCAACUUCCCAGAAGCACCUCAGGAGGAGGCUUCUCUCAGCAAUAGGCUCAAGACGUAUGCCAACUUCCCAGAAGCACCUCAGGAGGAGGCUUCUCUCAGCAAUAGGCUCAAGACGUAUGCCAACUUCCCAGAAGCACCUCAGGAGGAGGCUUCUCUCAGCAAUAGGCUCAAGACGUAUGCCAACUUCCCAGAAGCACCUCAGGAGGAGGCUUCUCUCAGCAAUAGGCUCAAGACGUAUGCCAACUUCCCAGAAGCACCUCAGGAGGAGGCUUCUCUCAGCAAUAGGCUCAAGACGUAUGCCAACUUCCCAGAAGCACCUCAGGAGGAGGCUUCUCUCAGCAAUAGGCUCAAGACGUAUGCCAACUUCCCAGAAGCACCUCAGGAGGAGGCUUCUCUCAGCAAUAGGCUCAAGACGUAUGCCAACUUCCCAGAAGCACCUCAGGAGGAGGCUUCUCUCAGCAAUAGGCUCAAGACGUAUGCCAACUUCCCAGAAGCACCUCAGGAGGGGGCUUCUCUCAGCAAUAGGCUCAAGACGUAUGCCAACUUCCCAGAAGCACCUCAGGAGGAGGCUUCUCUCAGCAAUAGGCUCAAGACGUAUGCCAACUUCCCAGAAGCACCUCAGGAGGGGGCUUCUCUCAGCAAUAGGCUCAAGACGUAUGCCAACUUCCCAGAAGCACCUCAGGAGGAGGCUUCUCUCAGCAAUAGGCUCAAGACGUAUGCCAACUUCCCAGAAGCACCUCAGGAGGAGGCUUCUCUCAGCAAUAGGCUCAAGACAUAUGCCAACUUCCCAGAAGCACCUCAGGAGGAGGCUUCUCUCAGCAAUAGGCUCAAGACGUAUGCCAACUUCCCAGAAGCACCUCAGGAGGAGGCUUCUCUCAGCAAUAGGCUCAAGACAUAUGCCAACUUCCCAGAAGCACCUCAGGAGGAGGCUUCUCUCAGCAAUAGGCUCAAGACGUAUGCCAACUUCCCAGAAGCACCUCAGGAGGAGGCUUCUCUCAGCAAUAGGCUCAAGACGUAUGCCAACUUCCCAGAAGCACCUCAGGAGGGGGCUUCUCUCAGCAAUAGGCUCAAGACGUAUGCCAACUUCCCAGAAGCACCUCAGGAGGAGGCUUCUCUCAGCAAUAGGCUCAAGACGUAUGCCAACUUCCCAGAAGCACCUCAGGAGGGGGCUUCUCUCAGCAAUAGGCUCAAGACAUAUGCCAACUUCCCAGAAGCACCUCAGGAGGAGGCUUCUCUCAGCAAUAGGCUCAAGACGUAUGCCAACUUCCCAGAAGCACCUCAGGAGGAGGCUUCUCUCAGCAAUAGGCUCAAGACGUAUGCCAACUUCCCAGAAGCACCUCAGGAGGGGGCUUCUCUCAGCAAUAGGCUCAAGACAUAUGCCAACUUCCCAGAAGCACCUCAGGAGGAGGCUUCUCUCAGCAAUAGGCUCAAGACGUAUGCCAACUUCCCAGAAGCACCUCAGGAGGAGGCUUCUCUCAGCAAUAGGCUCAAGACGUAUGCCAACUUCCCAGAAGCACCUCAGGAGGGGGCUUCUCUCAGCAAUAGGCUCAAGACGUAUGCCAACUUCCCAGAAGCACCUCAGGAGGAGGCUUCUCUCAGCAAUAGGCUCAAGACGUAUGCCAACUUCCCAGAAGCACCUCAGGAGGGGGCUUCUCUCAGCAAUAGGCUCAAGACGUAUGCCAACUUCCCAGAAGCACCUCAGGAGGAGGCUUCUCUCAGCAAUAGGCUCAAGACGUAUGCCAACUUCCCAGAAGCACCUCAGGAGGAGGCUUCUCACAGCAAUAGGCUCAAGACGUAUGCCAACUUCCCAGAAGCACCUCAGGAGGAGGCUUCUCUCAGCAAUAGGCUCAAGACGUAUGCCAACUUCCCAGAAGCACCUCAGGAGGGGGCUUCUCUCAGCAAUAGGCUCAAGACGUAUGCCAACUUCCCAGAAGCACCUCAGGAGGAGGCUUCUCUCAGCAAUAGGCUCAAGACGUAUGCCAACUUCCCAGAAGCACCUCAGGAGGAGGCUUCUCUCAGCAAUAGGCUCAAGACGUAUGCCAACUUCCCAGAAGCACCUCAGGAGGGGGCUUCUCUCAGCAAUAGGCUCAAGACGUAUGCCAACUUCCCAGAAGCACCUCAGGAGGAGGCUUCUCUCAGCAAUAGGCUCAAGACGUAUGCCAACUUCCCAGAAGCACCUCAGGAGGGGGCUUCUCUCAGCAAUAGGCUCAAGACGUAUGCCAACUUCCCAGAAGCACCUCAGGAGGAGGCUUCUCUCAGCAAUAGGCUCAAGACGUAUGCCAACUUCCCAGAAGCACCUCAGGAGGGGGCUUCUCUCAGCAAUAGGCUCAAGACGUAUGCCAACUUCCCAGAAGCACCUCAGGAGGAGGCUUCUCUCAGCAAUAGGCUCAAGACGUAUGCCAACUUCCCAGAAGCACCUCAGGAGGAGGCUUCUCUCAGCAAUAGGCUCAAGACGUAUGCCAACUUCCCAGAAGCACCUCAGGAGGAGGCUUCUCUCAGCAAUAGGCUCAAGACGUAUGCCAACUUCCCAGAAGCACCUCAGGAGGAGGCUUCUCUCAGCAAUAGGCUCAAGACGUAUGCCAACUUCCCAGAAGCACCUCAGGAGGGGGCUUCUCUCAGCAAUAGGCUCAAGACGUAUGCCAACUUCCCAGAAGCACCUCAGGAGGAGGCUUCUCUCAGCAAUAGGCUCAAGACGUAUGCCAACUUCCCAGAAGCACCUCAGGAGGAGGCUUCUCUCAGCAAUAGGCUCAAGACGUAUGCCAACUUCCCAGAAGCACCUCAGGAGGAGGCUUCUCUCAGCAAUAGGCUCAAGACGUAUGCCAACUUCCCAGAAGCACCUCAGGAGGGGGCUUCUCUCAGCAAUAGGCUCAAGACGUAUGCCAACUUCCCAGAAGCACCUCAGGAGGAGGCUUCUCUCAGCAAUAGGCUCAAGACGUAUGCCAACUUCCCAGAAGCACCUCAGGAGGGGGCUUCUCUCAGCAAUAGGCUCAAGACGUAUGCCAACUUCCCAGAAGCACCUCAGGAGGAGGCUUCUCUCAGCAAUAGGCUCAAGACGUAUGCCAACUUCCCAGAAGCACCUCAGGAGGAGGCUUCUCUCAGCAAUAGGCUCAAGACGUAUGCCAACUUCCCAGAAGCACCUCAGGAGGAGGCUUCUCUCAGCAAUAGGCUCAAGACGUAUGCCAACUUCCCAGAAGCACCUCAGGAGGAGGCUUCUCUCAGCAAUAGGCUCAAGACGUAUGCCAACUUCCCAGAAGCACCUCAGGAGGGGGCUUCUCUCAGCAAUAGGCUCAAGACGUAUGCCAACUUCCCAGAAGCACCUCAGGAGGAGGCUUCUCUCAGCAAUAGGCUCAAGACGUAUGCCAACUUCCCAGAAGCACCUGAGGAGGAGGCUUCUCUCAGCAAUAGGCUCAAGACGUAUGCCAACUUCCCAGAAGCACCUCAGGAGGAGGCUUCUCUCAGCAAUAGGCUCAAGACGUAUGCCAACUUCCCAGAAGCACCUCAGGAGGAGGCUUCUCUCAGCAAUAGGCUCAAGACGUAUGCCAACUUCCCAGAAGCACCUCAGGAGGAGGCUUCUCUCAGCAAUAGGCUCAAAACGUAUGCCAACUUCCCAGAAGCACCUCAGGAGGAGGCUUCUCUCAGCAAUAGGCUCAAGACGUAUGCCAACUUCCCAGAAGCACCUCAGGAGGAGGCUUCUCUCAGCAAUAGGCUCAAGACGUAUGCCAACUUCCCAGAAGCACCUCAGGAGGAGGCUUCUCUCAGCAAUAGGCUCAAGACGUAUGCCAACUUCCCAGAAGCACCUCAGGAGGAGGCUUCUCUCAGCAAUAGGCUCAAAACGUAUGCCAACUUCCCAGAAGCACCUCAGGAGGAGGCUUCUCUCAGCAAUAGGCUCAAAACGUAUGCCAACUUCCCAGAAGCACCUCAGGAGGAGGCUUCUCUCAGCAAUAGGCUCAAGACGUAUGCCAACUUCCCAGAAGCACCUCAGGAGGAGGCUUCUCUCAGCAAUAGGCUCAAGACGUAUGCCAACUUCCCAGAAGCACCUCAGGAGGAGGCUUCUCUCAGCAAUAGGCUCAAGACGUAUGCCAACUUCCCAGAAGCACCUCAGGAGGAGGCUUCUCUCAGCAAUAGGCUCAAAACGUAUGCCAACUUCCCAGAAGCACCUCAGGAGGAGGCUUCUCUCAGCAAUAGGCUCAAAACGUAUGCCAACUUCCCAGAAGCACCUCAGGAGGAGGCUUCUCUCAGCAAUAGGCUCAAGACGUAUGCCAACUUCCCAGAAGCACCUCAGGAGGAGGCUUCUCUCAGCAAUAGGCUCAAAACGUAUGCCAACUUCCCAGAAGCACCUCAGGAGGAGGCUUCUCUCAGCAAUAGGCUCAAAACGUAUGCCAACUUCCCAGAAGCACCUCAGGAGGAGGCUUCUCUCAGCAAUAGGCUCAAGACGUAUGCCAACUUCCCAGAAGCACCUCAGGAGGAGGCUUCUCUCAGCAAUAGGCUCAAAACGUAUGCCAACUUCCCAGAAGCACCUCAGGAGGAGGCUUCUCUCAGCAAUAGGCUCAAGACGUAUGCCAACUUCCCAGAAGCACCUCAGGAGGAGGCUUCUCUCAGCAAUAGGCUCAAGACGUAUGCCAACUUCCCAGAAGCACCUCAGGAGGGGGCUUCUCUCAGCAAUAGGCUCAAGACGUAUGCCAACUUCCCAGAAGCACCUCAGGAGGAGGCUUCUCUGAGCAAUAGGCUCAAGACGUAUGCCAACUUCCCAGAAGCACCUCAGGAGGAGGCUUCUCUCAGCAAUAGGCUCAAAACGUAUGCCAACUUCCCAGAAGCACCUCAGGAGGAGGCUUCUCUCAGCAAUAGGCUCAAGACGUAUGCCAACUUCCCAGAAGCACCUCAGGAGGAGGCUUCUCUCAGCAAUAGGCUCAAGACGUAUGCCAACUUCCCAGAAGCACCUCAGGAGGGGGCUUCUCUCAGCAAUAGGCUCAAGACGUAUGCCAACUUCCCAGAAGCACCUCAGGAGGAGGCUUCUCUGAGCAAUAGGCUCAAGACGUAUGCCAACUUCCCAGAAGCACCUCAGGAGGGGGCUUCUCUCAGCAAUAGGCUCAAAACGUAUGCCAACUUCCCAGAAGCACCUCAGGAGGAGGCUUCUCUCAGCAAUAGGCUCAAGACGUAUGCCAACUUCCCAGAAGCACCUCAGGAGGAGGCUUCUCUCAGCAAUAGGCUCAAGACGUAUGCCAACUUCCCAGAAGCACCUCAGGAGGAGGCUUCUCUCAGCAAUAGGCUCAAGACGUAUGCCAACUUCCCAGAAGCACCUCAGGAGGGGGCUUCUCUCAGCAAUAGGCUCAAGACGUAUGCCAACUUCCCAGAAGCACCUCAGGAGGGGGCUUCUCUCAGCAAUAGGCUCAAGACGUAUGCCAACUUCCCAGAAGCACCUCAGGAGGGGGCUUCUCUGAGCAAUAGGCUCAAGACGUAUGCCAACUUCCCAGAAGCACCUCAGGAGGGGGCUUCUCUCAGCAAUAGGCUCAAGACGUAUGCCAACUUCCCAGAAGCACCUCAGGAGGGGGCUUCUCUCAGCAAUAGGCUCAAGACGUAUGCCAACUUCCCAGAAGCACCUCAGGAGGAGGCUUCUCUCAGCAAUAGGCUCAAGACGUAUGCCAACUUCCCAGAAGCACCUCAGGAGGAGGCUUCUCUCAGCAAUAGGCUCAAGACGUAUGCCAACUUCCCAGAAGCACCUCAGGAGGAGGCUUCUCUCAGCAAUAGGCUCAAAACGUAUGCCAACUUCCCAGAAGCACCUCAGGAGGAGGCUUCUCUCAGCAAUAGGCUCAAAACGUAUGCCAACUUCCCAGAAGCACCUCAGGAGGAGGCUUCUCUCAGCAAUAGGCUCAAGACGUAUGCCAACUUCCCAGAAGCACCUCAGGAGGAGGCUUCUCUCAGCAAUAGGCUCAAGACGUAUGCCAACUUCCCAGAAGCACCUCAGGAGGAGGCUUCUCUCAGCAAUAGGCUCAAGACGUAUGCCAACUUCCCAGAAGCACCUCAGGAGGAGGCUUCUCUCAGCAAUAGGCUCAAGACGUAUGCCAACUUCCCAGAAGCACCUCAGGAGGAGGCUUCUCUCAGCAAUAGGCUCAAGACGUAUGCCAACUUCCCAGAAGCACCUCAGGAGGAGGCUUCUCUCAGCAAUAGGCUCAAAACGUAUGCCAACUUCCCAGAAGCACCUCAGGAGGAGGCUUCUCUCAGCAAUAGGCUCAAGACGUAUGCCAACUUCCCAGAAGCACCUCAGGAGGAGGCUUCUCUCAGCAAUAGGCUCAAGACGUAUGCCAACUUCCCAGAAGCACCUCAGGAGGAGGCUUCUCUGAGCAAUAGGCUCAAGACGUAUGCCAACUUCCCAGAAGCACCUCAGGAGGGGGCUUCUCUCAGCAAUAGGCUCAAGACGUAUGCCAACUUCCCAGAAGCACCUCAGGAGGAGGCUUCUCUCAGCAAUAGGCUCAAAACGUAUGCCAACUUCCCAGAAGCACCUCAGGAGGAGGCUUCUCUCAGCAAUAGGCUCAAGACGUAUGCCAACUUCCCAGAAGCACCUCAGGAGGAGGCUUCUCUCAGCAAUAGGCUCAAGACGUAUGCCAACUUCCCAGAAGCACCUCAGGAGGAGGCUUCUCUGAGCAAUAGGCUCAAGACGUAUGCCAACUUCCCAGAAGCACCUCAGGAGGGGGCUUCUCUCAGCAAUAGGCUCAAAACGUAUGCCAACUUCCCAGAAGCACCUCAGGAGGAGGCUUCUCUCAGCAAUAGGCUCAAGACGUAUGCCAACUUCCCAGAAGCACCUCAGGAGGAGGCUUCUCUGAGCAAUAGGCUCAAGACGUAUGCCAACUUCCCAGAAGCACCUCAGGAGGGGGCUUCUCUCAGCAAUAGGCUCAAGACGUAUGCCAACUUCCCAGAAGCACCUCAGGAGGGGGCUUCUCUCAGCAAUAGGCUCAAGACGUAUGCCAACUUCCCAGAAGCACCUCAGGAGGAGGCUUCUCUCAGCAAUAGGCUCAAGACGUAUGCCAACUUCCCAGAAGCACCUCAGGAGGGGGCUUCUCUCAGCAAUAGGCUCAAAACGUAUGCCAACUUCCCAGAAGCACCUCAGGAGGAGGCUUCUCUCAGCAAUAGGCUCAAGACGUAUGCCAACUUCCCAGAAGCACCUCAGGAGGAGGCUUCUCUCAGCAAUAGGCUCAAGACGUAUGCCAACUUCCCAGAAGCACCUCAGGAGGGGGCUUCUCUCAGCAAUAGGCUCAAGACGUAUGCCAACUUCCCAGAAGCACCUCAGGAGGGGGCUUCUCUCAGCAAUAGGCUCAAGACGUAUGCCAACUUCCCAGAAGCACCUCAGGAGGGGGCUUCUCUCAGCAAUAGGCUCAAGACGUAUGCCAACUUCCCAGAAGCACCUCAGGAGGGGGCUUCUCUCAGCAAUAGGCUCAAGACGUAUGCCAACUUCCCAGAAGCACCUCAGGAGGGGGCUUCUCUCAGCAAUAGGCUCAAGACGUAUGCCAACUUCCCAGAAGCACCUCAGGAGGAGGCUUCUCUCAGCAAUAGGCUCAAGACGUAUGCCAACUUCCCAGAAGCACCUCAGGAGGAGGCUUCUCUCAGCAAUAGGCUCAAGACGUAUGCCAACUUCCCAGAAGCACCUCAGGAGGAGGCUUCUCUCAGCAAUAGGCUCAAGACGUAUGCCAACUUCCCAGAAGCACCUCAGGAGGAGGCUUCUCUCAGCAAUAGGCUCAAGACGUAUGCCAACUUCCCAGAAGCACCUCAGGAGGGGGCUUCUCUCAGCAAUAGGCUCAAGACGUAUGCCAACUUCCCAGAAGCACCUCAGGAGGGGGCUUCUCUCAGCAAUAGGCUCAAGACGUAUGCCAACUUCCCAGAAGCACCUCAGGAGGGGGCUUCUCUCAGCAAUAGGCUCAAGACGUAUGCCAACUUCCCAGAAGCACCUCAGGAGGAGGCUUGUCUCAGCAAUAGGCUCAAGACGUAUGCCAACUUCCCAGAAGCACCUCAGGAGGGGGCUUCUCUCAGCAAUAGGCUCAAGACGUAUGCCAACUUCCCAGAAGCACCUCAGGAGGGGGCUUCUCUCAGCAAUAGGCUCAAAACGUAUGCCAACUUCCCAGAAGCACCUCAGGAGGAGGCUUCUCUCAGCAAUAGGCUCAAGACGUAUGCCAACUUCCCAGAAGCACCUCAGGAGGAGGCUUCUCUCAGCAAUAGGCUCAAGACGUAUGCCAACUUCCCAGAAGCACCUCAGGAGGGGGCUUCUCUCAGCAAUAGGCUCAAGACGUAUGCCAACUUCCCAGAAGCACCUCAGGAGGGGGCUUCUCUCAGCAAUAGGCUCAAGACGUAUGCCAACUUCCCAGAAGCACCUCAGGAGGAGGCUUGUCUCAGCAAUAGGCUCAAGACGUAUGCCAACUUCCCAGAAGCACCUCAGGAGGGGGCUUCUCUCAGCAAUAGGCUCAAGACGUAUGCCAACUUCCCAGAAGCACCUCAGGAGGAGGCUUCUCUCAGCAAUAGGCUCAAGACGUAUGCCAACUUCCCAGAAGCACCUCAGGAGGAGGCUUCUCUCAGCAAUAGGCUCAAAACGUAUGCCAACUUCCCAGAAGCACCUCAGGAGGAGGCUUCUCUCAGCAAUAGGCUCAAGACGUAUGCCAACUUCCCAGAAGCACCUCAGGAGGAGGCUUCUCUCAGCAAUAGGCUCAAGACGUAUGCCAACUUCCCAGAAGCACCUCAGGAGGAGGCUUCUCUGAGCAAUAGGCUCAAGACGUAUGCCAACUUCCCAGAAGCACCUCAGGAGGGGGCUUCUCUCAGCAAUAGGCUCAAGACGUAUGCCAACUUCCCAGAAGCACCUCAGGAGGAGGCUUCUCUCAGCAAUAGGCUCAAAACGUAUGCCAACUUCCCAGAAGCACCUCAGGAGGAGGCUUCUCUCAGCAAUAGGCUCAAGACGUAUGCCAACUUCCCAGAAGCACCUCAGGAGGAGGCUUCUCUCAGCAAUAGGCUCAAGACGUAUGCCAACUUCCCAGAAGCACCUCAGGAGGAGGCUUCUCUGAGCAAUAGGCUCAAGACGUAUGCCAACUUCCCAGAAGCACCUCAGGAGGGGGCUUCUCUCAGCAAUAGGCUCAAAACGUAUGCCAACUUCCCAGAAGCACCUCAGGAGGAGGCUUCUCUCAGCAAUAGGCUCAAGACGUAUGCCAACUUCCCAGAAGCACCUCAGGAGGAGGCUUCUCUGAGCAAUAGGCUCAAGACGUAUGCCAACUUCCCAGAAGCACCUCAGGAGGGGGCUUCUCUCAGCAAUAGGCUCAAGACGUAUGCCAACUUCCCAGAAGCACCUCAGGAGGGGGCUUCUCUCAGCAAUAGGCUCAAGACGUAUGCCAACUUCCCAGAAGCACCUCAGGAGGAGGCUUCUCUCAGCAAUAGGCUCAAGACGUAUGCCAACUUCCCAGAAGCACCUCAGGAGGGGGCUUCUCUCAGCAAUAGGCUCAAAACGUAUGCCAACUUCCCAGAAGCACCUCAGGAGGAGGCUUCUCUCAGCAAUAGGCUCAAGACGUAUGCCAACUUCCCAGAAGCACCUCAGGAGGAGGCUUCUCUCAGCAAUAGGCUCAAGACGUAUGCCAACUUCCCAGAAGCACCUCAGGAGGGGGCUUCUCUCAGCAAUAGGCUCAAGACGUAUGCCAACUUCCCAGAAGCACCUCAGGAGGGGGCUUCUCUCAGCAAUAGGCUCAAGACGUAUGCCAACUUCCCAGAAGCACCUCAGGAGGGGGCUUCUCUCAGCAAUAGGCUCAAGACGUAUGCCAACUUCCCAGAAGCACCUCAGGAGGGGGCUUCUCUCAGCAAUAGGCUCAAGACGUAUGCCAACUUCCCAGAAGCACCUCAGGAGGGGGCUUCUCUCAGCAAUAGGCUCAAGACGUAUGCCAACUUCCCAGAAGCACCUCAGGAGGAGGCUUCUCUCAGCAAUAGGCUCAAGACGUAUGCCAACUUCCCAGAAGCACCUCAGGAGGAGGCUUCUCUCAGCAAUAGGCUCAAGACGUAUGCCAACUUCCCAGAAGCACCUCAGGAGGAGGCUUCUCUCAGCAAUAGGCUCAAGACGUAUGCCAACUUCCCAGAAGCACCUCAGGAGGAGGCUUCUCUCAGCAAUAGGCUCAAGACGUAUGCCAACUUCCCAGAAGCACCUCAGGAGGGGGCUUCUCUCAGCAAUAGGCUCAAGACGUAUGCCAACUUCCCAGAAGCACCUCAGGAGGGGGCUUCUCUCAGCAAUAGGCUCAAGACGUAUGCCAACUUCCCAGAAGCACCUCAGGAGGGGGCUUCUCUCAGCAAUAGGCUCAAGACGUAUGCCAACUUCCCAGAAGCACCUCAGGAGGAGGCUUGUCUCAGCAAUAGGCUCAAGACGUAUGCCAACUUCCCAGAAGCACCUCAGGAGGGGGCUUCUCUCAGCAAUAGGCUCAAAACGUAUGCCAACUUCCCAGAAGCACCUCAGGAGGAGGCUUCUCUCAGCAAUAGGCUCAAGACGUAUGCCAACUUCCCAGAAGCACCUCAGGAGGAGGCUUCUCUCAGCAAUAGGCUCAAGACGUAUGCCAACUUCCCAGAAGCACCUCAGGAGGGGGCUUCUCUCAGCAAUAGGCUCAAGACGUAUGCCAACUUCCCAGAAGCACCUCAGGAGGGGGCUUCUCUCAGCAAUAGGCUCAAGACGUAUGCCAACUUCCCAGAAGCACCUCAGGAGGAGGCUUGUCUCAGCAAUAGGCUCAAGACGUAUGCCAACUUCCCAGAAGCACCUCAGGAGGGGGCUUCUCUCAGCAAUAGGCUCAAGACGUAUGCCAACUUCCCAGAAGCACCUCAGGAGGGGGCUUCUCUCAGCAAUAGGCUCAAGACGUAUGCCAACUUCCCAGAAGCACCUCAGGAGGGGGCUUCUCUCAGCAAUAGGCUCAAGACGUAUGCCAACUUCAAAGAAGCACCUCAGGAGGGGGCUUCUCUCAGCAAUAGGCUCAAAACGUAUGCCAACUUCCCAGAAGCACCUCAGGAGGAGGCUUCUCUCAGCAAUAGGCUCAAGACGUAUGCCAACUUCCCAGAAGCACCUCAGGAGGAGGCUUCUCUCAGCAAUAGGCUCAAGACGUAUGCCAACUUCCCAGAAGCACCUCAGGAGGGGGCUUCUCUCAGCAAUAGGCUCAAGACGUAUGCCAACUUCCCAGAAGCACCUCAGGAGGGGGCUUCUCUCAGCAAUAGGCAACUCCAGAGAUGCCCCGAGAACACUGUCCCAAGUCUAGAGGAACACCAACUUCAGCACAGCAACUCGAGGAAUGCUCCGUGUACCCCAAAUCGUCUCGAGAUGCGAGCUGAUUCCCUGGCUUAG